CUAAUUUAAAUACUGAUAAAGGUGGUCGCUGUCUUGUCCCCGGUAGAGUUUAGUGGUUCACUCGUGGUUCUCGCAGAACCGUAGCGAUAAGAUCAGGGAUAAAAUGAAGUUGCGUAACGUAACAGCGCCGUCUCGCAACUAGGUAUGCACAGUCCGGAAAUGCUGAGACCUUGAAGUUAAGAGUCAAACCGUAGUCGCACUACGUGCCUGCCUCGGGGCGUUUUGGCGUCCUUCGUGUCGUGCGGUGCCGGUGUCGCGCACACCCGCUGCAUUGAAAGCUUGGCUCGCUGUGUAGUGUCGGACGCAACAGAAAGUGAAACCUUCCAAGGAUGGCGUCCAAGCGUAACCUUAAAGGAACAACGCCGGGGAAGAAACCAGAGGAAAAGAGAUACAGCCAGUUUCCAAGGGACUCCAUUAGCUUGUUCGCAGAAUCUAAUGGAAUAACCGGCGUUUCGGACCAAGCCCUUAGCCUCCUCACUGAAGAUGUUAAUUAUAGACUUCGCGAGCUAGCCCAGAACUGUGGCCAGUGCAUGCGGCACGCUAAAAGGCGCAAGCUAACUUGCAAUGAUGUGGAGCGGGCUCUACGCUGGAGUGAUUCACAGCCCUCUUAUGGAUGCAGUGGAGAUGAUCCGCUUCCGUUUCGGCACAUCCGAGAGGCUGAUGUCUUCUGCACAGAUGACAGCAUGGUGGACUUGGCUGACGAGUUGGACUCGCCCCUUCAACUUGACCUGCCACCGGAGCCAAGUGUCCAUGGACGUUGGCUGGUUGUGGAAGGUGUGGCAGUUGAACCAGACCUCAACCAGCCUGGUGGUGCAGUCCAAGGAACGGAUGGCAGCAAAGCUAUUCACACGGACGUCAAUGUCACCCACAUGCAGUACUACGAGGAAAUCACCAAGGCACUGCUGGGCAGCGACAAGCAGCUUGUCGAUGUUGCCUUGGAAGAUCUGGCCACUAACUCCUGUCUGAGCCCACUGCUGCCAUAUUUGGUGCACUUUGUCUCGCUUGGGGUUCGCAAGCUUAGUCACGACCUUGCCAGCCUGGACCGGUUACUGCAUGCCAUUGGCGCCUUGGCCCAGAACACCUCGCUGAAUUUGGAUACCCUACCCUAUCCGACCAUGGUGGUGCAAGCGCUUCUUUUUUGCCUGCUGGAGCCACUGGCUGCUGCAAUCAACCCAGCCAAUGACCACUGGGCAUUGAGGGAUAAUGCCGCACAGCUGCUUGCUGCAUUGCUCAGGUGA